AUGGCGGCAGCGACAGGCCUCGGGUCGCUGCCGUUUUUCUUCAUGGAGAUGGAGGAGGAGUGGGCUGGCGUGUGUAACGGCGUGGCUUGCGGCGUGAUGAUGGCAGCUAGUUUCGACUUAGUCUCCGAGGGAAGGUUGCACGACAGCGGAUCAGGCGGCGCGUGCGUUGUGGUAGGGAUUAUUCUAGGCGGGCUGUUCAUUGUUUUAAGUCAGCGGGUAUUGGAGCAGUUCGGGGACGUUAAAAUGAUGGAUUUAAAAGGCGCAUCGGCCAACCGCGUGGUUCUCAUCCUCGUUAUCAUGACCCUCCACUCCUUCGGCGAAGGCUCGGGAGUCGGCGUCUCCUUCGCCGGCCCUCGCGGGCUGUCGCAGGGGCUGCUGGUUACCAUCGCCAUCGCCGUGCACAACGUACCGGAGGGCCUCGCGAUGACUCUCGUCAUGGUCGCGCGCGGUGUGCGGCCGCGCAACGCCAUGCUCUGGAGCGUCUUCACGAGCCUCCCACAACCACUCGUCGCUGUUCCCGCGUUUCUCGGCGCCAACACCUUCACGGAGUUCCUCCCGCUCUGCAUGGGCUUCGCAGCGGGCUGCAUGAUCUGGAUCGUUUUCGGCGAGGUUCUCCCGGAGUGCAUUAAAGAGGGCGCCAACUCCUCCCACGUCGCCUCUGCCGCGACGCUCUCCGUCGCGUUUAUGGAGGCGCUCGGAGCUUUCCUCGAAGGCGCGGACGCGCCUGAGAGCUGGCACCGAUUGGUACCGAUUGCUUGGGCGCUUCUGUUUUUCCUCGGGCCGCUCCUAGGGUCCGUACUCCCGCUCAUCCUGUCCCAAUCGCUCCCUGCCCCUGUGUCGCCGCCUCUGCUAUCCGGGCUAGCGGGAGGGGCGCUGCUCGGUUUGGCGCUGUGGCAGCCGGUGCAGCUGCUGGUAACCGGGCAGAUGGAGGUGCUGCCGCUGCUAUCAGUGUUCUACGUGGGCUGUGUGCUGCAUUAUUUCUGUGCCAGUAUGGGGCGGGGCCUGGGGGGUGGGUGUGUGGGCAACGCGCAGCAGAAAUUGCAGGGCGGUUUUGGUGACGUUCAGUAUAGUCACGGGCUGCAGCAGUGGGUUGGGGACGGCGAUGAGGAGGUGCUCCGGGCGUGCAAGCCGAGCCUGCAGCUUAGCUACGGAAUCCGAGCCUCCAUUCUGGUCUGUAUUGCUGUCUCAGGCCAUGCUUUCGCGGAGGGGCUUCUGUUGGGGCAGAAAGCAGCGCCUGGAGGGGACCUAGGAGGCGAUUUAGGAGCAAGAGGAACAGGAGGGGGGGGAGUAGGAGAGAUAGGGAUGCGCAUGCUGCUUCCAGCAGCCAUUCACGGCGUGCCACGUGGCAUUGCUGCAGCAGCCGCUGCGCUAGGUGCCUUCUCCAUUACUCGGUCCACCCCGGAGCUUCCCUUAGCCGCAGUUCCCUUGGCACUCGCAUCUGCGGCUGUAGCGGGGCUGGCGGGGCCUAUCGGGGCUGUAGCGUCUUUCUUUUUUCUCCAUAGCUUUGGAGCCGGGCUGCUGAACUGGCUUGUGCUAGCCUGUGGCUUGCUGGCCCCUGCAGGACUGGAUCAGCUGCUUCCUGGAGGGUUGUGGGUGGCUGGUGGAAGAGGAGUUGUGGGGCACAGCAGACGACAGGAGCAGCGUGGAGCAUCAGACGCUGCAGGCACUCAGCCGGACCCUUGUGGAAGCAUGUCGUCAGCAUGGCAUGGACGUGACGCCAUCAGUGAGGGGCGGGAGGCUGGGGUCGCUCAAGGCAACACUCAACGCAUUGAAGCAGCACUUAACGAAGCAGUGGAGAGGCUUAUAUCAGGACCAGCUCGAGACUGUCUGUCGCCUGUAUCCCCCCUGAGCCCAGCAUCCAGCGGGGGUGCACCUUCUCCUGGCAAAACCGUUGGAGGCUUCACCUCUGGCUGUGUCCGUGCUGCUUCUGGCAACGACCUCCCUGCUUACGCUCGUCCAGACGCUCUCAAACUGCCCCAGGCCCCUCCGACAUCUGCGUCCUUCGCUUCCACCACGACUUCUACCAGUAGCAGCAGCAGCAGUGGGGGCAGAUGGGGUUCGUCACCUUCAUCAGCGAGCAAGCAGGCAGGGAACAAGCCGGCACCUCUUUCGGGCGUUGGAGCAGAAGAUGACAAGAUGUCGGGCGGGCUUCUGGUGCUCAAGCGGCUGGCGUGCUGUGUGGCUAGGGCGGCAGCAGAGGCAGAGGCGCGCAGGCAGAGAGGGCUGCUGGACGCACAGGAGGUGGUGAGGAGGGAGCAGGAGAAGUCCAGCCGAGCAGCAGCCCUGGCUGGUGGCGGAUCAAGUGGGGGAGGCGGAGUGGGGGCGGGAGUGGGUGGGGCGGGAGUGGCUCGGGGUAUGCCCAUGGGUGGGGGAAGGCCGAUUCCUGCUGCAUCUGGUGGUGCUUCUGGUGCGUGGGAAUGUGUGUCUCCCCUCAGUGCAGGGAGCGUGGGCGGGCCCCCUGCUGCCAGGGUUGCUGCUGCGUCCAACUGGAAGGGGGGUAGUUGCAUUGCUGUACCUGGGGAUGCUUCGGUUGGGGUUUAUGGUGGGGGGGUGGGGGGAUUUGCUGGGGGAGUGGGUGGGGCGGUGGGUGGUUAUGGGACGUCUGCUGGAAGUGGAAAGGUGGCAGGUGGGAAGGGCGGUGUAGGGGGGUGGGGAGGUGGGAAGAGUGGUGGAGGGUGGUAA